UAUCACGACUAGGGUGGGGCUUAUGGAAAGUAAACCCUCCCCUCUUUUCAUUUGCAUACCAGUCUCGGCGCGAGGAGUCUGCCAUAUUUGUUUUUGAAUUACGGGCGCUGCGGGACUGGGAUGAAGAAGUCUGAAGCGUAUCCAUUAAGAUAGAAAACGAAAACGUUCAUACUAGUGACCCUCUUUUGAGCCGAAACGGAGUUAGCUUUAACAGAAGAGUGGCCGAGAAUACCUGAACAGAUAUAACCUUCCCUAAAGAUGAAUCACAUGAAUUCCUGGAUGGUAGAAUGCAUGGAGGUUUACUAUGGAUAGUGCUUUAGAGCCCCAGAGAAAAAUAUUUAAGGCCAAGAAAACGAUGAAAGUAAGUGACCGGCAGCAGUUAGAAGCUGUUUAUAAAUCUAAAGGAGACCUUUUAAAAUCUGCAGAAGCUAAACUAGUAAACGGCAAAUUUGAAAACGGAGAUUCCGAUCUGAAAUUUUCCCUGUUCAGUACCGUCUGUAUGGAGGCCAAAGUAGAACUGAAUGGCAUUUCUGAUGAAUGCCCUACUAUUGAUAAAGUAGACAUGGAAACAAAGGAAAUGCCUAAUUCUCUAAACCCUGCAGUUCUGGAAGACUGCAAAAGUGACUCGUUGCAACAGUCUCUUCGAGUAGGGCCUGAGAAAUUAAUUUCUGAGGAAGUGAAAGAGGGCCUGCAUAAUGCUACUUCUAUACCCCUUGUUAUAGAUACUAAAGGUCCUUUGAGUAAGUCUGACAUAGUCCACAAUGAUACUGUCACAGCAGAGACAAGUACUGAAAAUAAAGAACAGCUAAGUGGAGAAGCACUUGACUGUGAUGGAAAAGACAUUGAGAACAAGAAUGCUACUGAAAUUCUUAAUUGCAGUCUGGAAAUAGACAUGCUUCCUUUAGAAACUGAAAAGGCAAAUACUGAAAAGGAGGUAGUAUUGAAUGGCACUGAACCUGUGACAGAAUCCAUUAUGGUAUCUUGUGGAGAACCCAGUGUGGAACUGAAAGAGUCCGCUGGAGAGCCUAACCCAGAGUCACUUGCACAACCUAACAUAGAAACUGGUGAGGCACCCAGUACAGAAUCUGGUAUGGCAGCACCUAGCACAGAAUCUUGUGUGGCGGCACCUGUCACAGAAUCUUUUACAGUGGAAUCUAGCACAAAUUCUGGUACAGCACCACCUAACGCAGAGUCUGGUGUGACACCUGCUGCAGAGUCCAGAAUGGAAACCGCCACAGAAUCCAGAAUGGAAAUUGACUCAGAAUCCAGCAUGGAAUCUAGUAAAGAACCCAAUGUGGAAUGCAGUGUGGGACCUAGCAAAGAACCCAGUGUGGAAUGCAGUGUGGGACCUAGCAAAGAACCCAGUGUGGGACCUAACAAAGAACCCAGUGUGGAAUGCAGUGUGGGACCUAGCAAAGAACCCAGUGUUGAAUGCAGUAUGGGACCUAGCAAAGAACCCAUCGUGAGACCUAGCAAAGAACCCAGUGUGGAAUCCAGUGUGGGACCUAGCAAAGAACCCAGUGUGGAACCCAGCGUGGGACCUAGCAAAGAACCCAGUGUGGAACCUAGCAAAGAACCCAGUGUGGAACCCAGCGUGAGACCUAGCAAAGAACCCAGUGUGGAACCCAGCGAAGACCCCAGUGUGGAAUCCAGUGUGGGACCUAGCAAAGACCCCAGUGUGGAAUCCAGUGUGGGACCUAGCAAAGACCCCAAUGUGGAAUCCAGCGUGGGACCUAGCAAAGACCCCAGUGUGGAAUCCAGCGUGGGACCUAGCAAAGAUCCCAGUGUGGAAUCCUGCGUGGGACCUAGCAAAGAUCCCAGUGUGGAAUCCUGCGUGGGACCUAGCAAAGAUCCCAGUGUGGAAUCCAGCGUGGGACCUAGCAAAGAUCCCAGUGUGGAAUCCAGCGUGGGACCUAGCAAAGAACCCAGUGUGGAAUCCAGCGUGGGACUUGGCAAAGAACCCAGUGUGGAACCCAGUGUGGAAUCUAGCAAAGAACCCAGUGUAGAAUCCAACGUGGGACCUAGCAAAGAACCCAGUGUGGAAUCCAUUGUGGGACCUAGCAAAGAACCCAGUGUGGAAUCCAGUGUGGGACCUAGCCAAGAACCCAGUGUGGAAUCCAGCGUGGGACCUAGCCAAGAACCCAGUAUGGAAUCCAGUGUGGAGCCUAGCAAAGAACCCAGUGUGGAAUCCAGAGUAGAAUGUAGGAAAGAACUCUGCAUGGAAUCCAGGAUCGAACCCAGUGUGGAACCUAGCAAUGAGGUCAGUGUGGAGUCCAGGAAUGAACCCAGCAUGGAACCUAGCAAUGAGGUCAGUGUGGAACCCAUGGAAGACUCCCAAGUAGAACCAAUGGAGGAAUCCAGAAAGGAACCCACAGAGGAACCCAGUGUGGAAUCCACGGAAGACUCUCAAGCAGAACCCAUGGAGGAAUCCAGAGUGGAACCAGUGGAAUCCAGAGUGGAACCAGUGGAGGAAUCCAGAGUGGAAUCUAGUGUUGAGUCUAGUGUGAAGUGUAGUAGUAGUCCAGAUGAGGGAUGCAGUGAAAAAGUCACAGAUCCUCUGGAAGACAGUAAUUUAAGUGCUGUUUGUAAUGAACAAAGUGAUAUUUUGGUUGAGAACACUGAUUCUAUGGAAACUGAAGAAAUUAUUCCAAUUUUAGAAAAACUUGCACCAACAGAAGAUAAUCUUCGUCACUUUUCUAGACCUUCUCAAGUUCUCCAAAGUAGCUCUGAUGCUGGUAGUAAUGAAGACAAAAUGGAAUGCAGUCCUUGUCCUCCUUCCAAACAAGAAAGUAACCAGUGUUUGCCUAGUGAAGAAUUUUUAGUUCUUUCUGAUGAAGAUGAGCCUGUUAAAAAAGUGGAGACAAAUGCUGAAGAGUCAAAGAAGAAAACCAGCUGCUCAGAAAUGUCUGAAGCUGAUUCAGAAGGAAAAGAGACCGCAGAAAGCAUUUUUGCAGUGCGGACAAGUAAAGAACGUACUGAAGCUGAUCGGCAGCCAGAAAAAAGUGAGGUUUUGCCAAGGAAGCGUUCAAAGUCUGAAGAUAUUGAUGGUCUUGAAUCGAAGAGACGGCGUUAUAUAGGAAAUGAGUAUGAAGCUGAACUGCAGCUAAAGAUUACUGCUAAAGGGGACGUAAAUAAAAAACUGGAAAAGAUUUUUCAGAAACUGCUGGAAGAAAAACUUGCCGCUUUACAAUGUACAGCGUUUGAUAUAGCUCUGUCUGAAUUGAAGAACCGAGUAGAAAAGAUAGAAUGUAGCAAGAAGCAUGAAGCUGUGCUCACUAGUUUGCAGGCUAAAAUUGCAAGGUUGUGUAAAAGAUUUGGAGCAGCCAAGGAUGAUCUUAGGAAAACACAAGAGACCUCAACCAUCCCACCGGCUUCUCCUGUGAAAAAUUCCAACACCGUAAAUGUCACCACUUAUCGCAGUGGCAGUACAGUAAGACAGAUGUUAGAAACAAAACGAAAUGCUGGAGACACCUCUGCUGCAUUCCCGACAGCAACUAGCACAGUGACUUUUACUAGUGCCUCAAACAUAACCAGUGUUGCACAGUCUACAGCAGCAAGCAUUCCAUCUAAACCUCAGACAUCAGGAUCCUCGGCUUCAAUGGUUACUUCAAUCAUUCCAUCAUCAGGGACAACAGUAGUGGGUGCCAGUCAGCCAGUCAGCACAACUGCACAGCCAAUAGUUUCUCUCCAGCCUUUGCCAGUAAUAUUGCAUGUCCCAGUGCAAAUGCCUUCCCAACCUUCACUCCUGCAAACUCAAACAGGUACUUUGGUAGCAAACCAGCAGUCGGGCAAUGUUGAAUUUAUUCAGGUUCAAAACCAGCCAGCAGUAAGUAGUCUUGCAAAAACAACAGUGACUUUUGCAUCUCCAGGUGCAUCGAGACCAGUCAGCACUAGUACUGCUUUACCAAGUCCUGGCAUUCAGAGGAUCUCACCAGCAAGUUCUGGAUCUUCUAGUACAACCUUGCCAUCACAGACUAUUUCAGCAGUUGCUUCACAUACUGUACAACAGGGUACAAGGACUUUACCCCUAACUGGUAGCACAGGACUUUAUAGUGCUAGUGUUGCAAGACCUUCACUACAGAUAAAGCCUCCACUGACUGGACCUGUUAUUCAGCCUUCAGCAGAAGCAAGUAAUGCAACAGUAUCAAGAGCUGAAAGUCAGAUUUCAAAGAGACCAACAAGUACUAGUGAUGUUUCUGUCACUAAGAGAUCAGCUGAAAGCACUGCACAGAGUGGAAAACCUGGAGGAGUGACUGGUGGUUCAGUUAUUGAUCUCACACUGGAUGAUGAAGACGAUGGAACAUCACAAGAUUCUAGGAAACUGAAUCAAAAUGCUGGGCAUGGUACAACCUCAUCUGUUCCAUCCCAGGUCCGUCCUUCAUUGCCUCCACAGUCGGCACUUUUACAGCAAAGUAUUGCACAAGUUGCAUCAAGCUCAGCUUCACAGACAACUAUGCACGUUUUUCCUACAGCUCAAACAACCGUGAAUGUAACACAUCGACCAGCACUGCAAACUACUCCUUCAAGACCCUCUCUUCCAAGAGCAACAGCUAGCCAUCAGAUGGUUUAUACAACAGUAACUGCCUCACCGGUUCAGCAGUCUAUUAGAGGAGUUAUGGCACAGAAUCAGGGUUUACGGCAAGUAAGCCCUCAAACAAGUGGUGUAACAGUUCGUUUACCACAGAGUGCUCCAUAUGUUGUGAGUAGUGGGCUUGCUGUUGGACAGUCUGUACCUCAGCUAACAGUUCAUCAUCGCCCUCAACAGAUACAGGAACCUACACGUCCUGUUCAUCCAGCACCACUUCCUGAAGCACCACAGCCAGCACGUCUCCCUCCAGAAGCAGCCAGUACCUCUCUACCUCAGAAACCUCACCUGAAGUUAGCACGGGUUCAGAGUCAGAAUGGAAUUGUUUUGUCUUGGAGUGUUCUAGAGGUUGAUCGCAGUUGUGCUGCUGUAGAUAGCUACCAUUUGUACGCUUACCAUGAGGAUCCCAGUGCCACUGUUCCUUCUCAAUGGAAGAAGAUUGGAGAAGUUAAAGCCUUGCCACUUCCUAUGGCCUGUACACUGACCCAGUUUGUGUCAGGAAGCAAGUAUUACUUUGCAGUCCGUGCAAAAGAUAUUUAUGGACGAUUUGGACCUUUUUGUGAUCCUCAGUCAACUGAUGUGAUAUCCACACAAAACAGUUAAACGAAGGCUUACAAAGCCUCUAUUUUUUUUUUAAGAAAAAAAAAAAAACUUGUGACUACUUUUCUAACAUAAAUGCAUGAGACUGACUGUAAAUUAAUCUGAAAAAAAGGUUGAGUUCUUAAACACUACAUUGAUUUAUAACCAAAUGAAUGUGGAGGUCUGUUGAGAGAUCACACAUGUUCCUGCGUAGCACGAGGGCUUCUCAGUGAUGUUAAAAUAUUUUCCCCAAAAACACUGCUGCAUUGGUCAUGCAUGUUUCAUGCCUUAUCAGAGGAUGUUCUAAAGAAUGUUUUCAUUGGUUUCAAAGCUUGGAAAGCAUUUGUGUAAAGGAUAAAGUGAUGAACUUAAGCACUGAUGGAGUUAAUGGAAUAUGCAGGAAUUACUACUGUUUCUGAUGCCCAACCUUUCAUACUGGUGACUGACACUUCUUUUUUUUUUUUUUUUUUUUUUUUUUGAGAGACUAUACGUAAUAGAGAUGUAAUUUUUAUUCAGCCACUGGGAAAUUCUUAUACUGUUUUACAGUAGCCACAUAAAAUUUAACACACUGUAAGCUUGAGUAAAGUGUUAGUUUCAAACAAAAGAAUAUUCCAUAAUCCUUAAUCCCUGUUCUGUUAUGUUUGUUUCAUUUUAAGCAUUGAUCUGUGUAAUUUUUUUCCUCCAUGUGUUUAGUUGCGGCCUUAACAGUAAAUUUUUUUCUAGCCUAAGUAAAUUUAAACAGAGCUCUUCAAGUAUAUUUGAUAGUAUUUGUUGUAUUACUCCAGCUCAAAUUGCUGACUAAAAUUAAUAUUUUUCCAUGCUGCUGUAGAAUUAGAUACAAAAUAGUGGGAAAACAGGGAUUAUUUUACAUAUUUCAUUGUAGAGGUGCCUGUAUACCCCCUUAUCCAUGGUGCUUUCUGUUUCAGAUUAAUGUUGGAAGACGUAUCUUGUGUGCAAGAGUUCAGUAACUGAAAGUACAGCACCAGUGUACUGCAAGUUUGUACUGUUUACUUUACAUAAUUCUGUGCCUGACUUAGCAUCCUUUAGCAGGGCACAUGGUGGUUGGUAUGCUUUGCUGUCAGAUCAAAGUUACAGAACCCUUGGUUUAUUUUAUGCUAGUUAAGCAUACAGGUAGCUUUCCGCAUAUUCAAGUGGGAUAUAUAUUUGGUAAGGAGAUUAUAGUGCAGCUUUCCUUUGAACCAUUUUGGUUCUGCAGGAAGAACAGUCUGAUGUUUGUAUAUUUUCCCAUCUUUAGUUUUAAAAUGAAUUGAGAUUAUUUGUUCAUAUGUAUAUAUAAAAGCUUUGGCAAUUUAACCUUGAGUGAAGAAUUUAAGGGAGUAUAUAAGUCAACAUUGUAUGUAGUCUUUUUAUAAGGUACAAGCUUUAAUUAAGUAGUUAUUUAUCUGAAAUUGCAAGUUUAGACCUGUGCAAAACCCCUCUUUGUAUUUUCUUAUCAGCAUUCUUUACAGUAUACAUUAAUACCAUCAGUUAAAGUGGCCACUGCUUUUUUGUCACACCUCUGUUUACAUGUUAGUUCUUGUAUUAUUUAUUCCAGUUCUUAAACAGCACUGUAUCCAAGGAGCAGUGGAUCUCAGUUUUGCACUUCGUUCAGCAGCUUGGAGAGCGUCUUUGCAAAGAAGUGUAGUGAGUCAUUUAGCCACAGUGUGGCACUGUUUGACCUAAUUUAUAAUUUGUCGGGCUUGCGUCUGUUGCAAAACAUUUUUAAGGACAACAAUUUCCCUUAAAAGUCAAAUUGUGCUUGUUCGGAGAAGUAUUUGCCCAGUGUUUCACUGCUUAAAGUAUUAAAGUUAAACUUUUUAAA